AUGGCGAGUGAUGUCUCCCGAGGUUCCGAGGCAGAGCCUGAGCCAAAGGCAGACGCGCGAUCUAUGUCCACAAGCGUGCAUUGCCAGAACGAGUCCAUGGCAAUCGACGGACAGGAUGCUUCUUGUGGCGUCGUCACAGAGCCAGACCCAAAGCUCGAGGGGCCACCUUCGUCGACAGGUGCACCGGAACAGAAUGAGCGAAUUGAGAUGGUCAUGAGUGGUGAGGACGGCGUUCUCGAACAAGGAGCGCAAUCUCCCCAGUCACAAGUGUCUCACAUUUCGUGGCAAGACACCGGCUCAAGCGCAUCUUUUACCUCGUCAUUGCUGCAAGAGGAUGCGAAGGCGCAUUGGGACUCGGAAUUCGAGCUGCGAAGCGUUUCAAGGAACCUUCUCCGAUUGCAAAAAUGGGGGUUGAUAAUCGGCUUGGUCUGUCUAAACGCAACACUCAUAUACGUGGCCUGGGCCUUUUGGCAGGUGUACUACCUGUUUAUCCUGCUCUUAAGCGCAAACACGGUCAUGCAGGCUUUCAUGAUCUGCGGAAUCAUCCUGCACUUUCUUGCGACAAGACUACUACGUUGUGGGUGCGGUUGGCCUCGCAAAGAGGUAAUCCCCGAUGCGCCAGAGAAGAUGGUGUUGCUCUUGCCGUGCUACAACGAAACACAGCACGAACUAACUCGAUCACUCGACUCUCUUAUUGCGCAAAAGCAAAUCGAUCAACACCCACGCUUAAUCUUUAUCGUCGUCGACGGGAACGUCCGCGGCCCUGGUAUGGAGAAAACAACUCAAGAAUAUCUGCUACAAGAUAUCCUUGGACCUGGGCACUCCCGAUACUUCACCAAUGGCUAUCGAGCGCGAGAUGGUCUAUUUAUGCCGGUGCGGGUUCAGACUGGAUACUAUAAGGGUCUCCCUUACGUUUUCGUCGGCAAGUCCUACAACCAAGGGAAGAGAGACAGCCUCUGCUUUGCCCGCUCGUUCCUUUACCACUUCAAACAACGUUCCGAAAACGUCGUCACGAUGUUCAACAAUGGCCUGUUCGAGCACAUUGGCAACAUAUUUAUUCAGCAUAACCUCGAUAAUGUCGACUUUCUAGUUGGUAUGGAUGCGGACACUGUCUUUGAUGACUAUUGCGUCAUCGAAAUGUUGCACGAAAUCCGGAAGAACCCAAAACGUAUUGGUAUUUGUGGUCAUGUCUGCGUCGACUACGACGGGAAGAACUUUGGACUGUGGUCACUGUAUCAGGCCGUCGAGUACUCCCAGACCCAAGGUUUACGCCGUAUGUUUCAGUCUCGCAUCACGGGGAAGGUCAAUUGCUUGCCUGGAUGCUGCCAGCUUAUCCGCGUGGGGGAGGCAACCUUUGGCGAUGCCGUCCUGCGUGAGCGAUUUGCAUAUUAUCCGAAGCCAAACGACAUCAUGACGCAGCACAUCAUGAGCAACUACUCAGAGGAUAGCAUUCACACUUCCAUCGUUUUCAGUUUGUUCCCGAGGAAGCAAACUGCUCAAGCCCUGCGGGCCAAGGCCUUCACUAUUGUACCCCAGACUUGGAAAGUAUUCCUCUCACAACGCAAGCGAUGGGCCUUAGGGAGCAUCUCGAACGAGUUUGUGAUGAUCUUUCGACCGGGAAUUAUCCUCAUAGAGAGGAUUCAGAGCUUCAUCGCUGUGUUCACCUGGGCUAUUACACCAUUCAUUAUAGCAGCUCUUGCCGAGCUUCUCAUGCUUCUCAUCAAGCGUGGUUCGGAGGUAAUGCGGGAUCCCGUUUUCGUGGGCCUGAUAUGCGUCCUCUGGUUUCGAUAUGUUUACUCCUUCUGUAUAGGGUUUUGGCUACCGAGAAACAACCUGGAACGCAUACAGUACUUUGUGGGAUUCUUCUUUCAUCUUGUCACAUCUCCAUUCCUCAACGUCAUUGUUCUGGGGUAUUCUUUGUUCAAUUCAGACGAUUUCAAGUGGGGAAAGACGAGACAGGUUGUGGGAGAGCCUGGAGACAGCGAGCAGGCCACUGGUGAUGCACGCGUGACAGGUGCUCAUUAA